AUGGAUGGGGAUCUGAAAAACAGCUCUUUUAACAAUUCGACGGAGAACCCGCCAUUUGAAUUCAACGACUACACCCAGAGAGUCAUAGUGGCCAUCAUGUUUCUGAUCGUGAUCCUGCUUGGAACCGUGGGCAACAGUCUGGUUAUCCUGGCCGUGAUUUUGUCCAAGAAACUCCGUACCACCACCAACGCCUUUGUGGUGAACCUAGGCGUAGCGGACUUGUCAACUUGUCUUGUUCUCCCGUGGUCGGUCGUUGCGAUGCUCGGCACGAACGGCUUGCCAGUCGGUGAGUGGGUGUGCAGCGUGACUGCCGUGGUACAGGCUACAGCUAUUGGAUGCAGUAUGUACACCCUGGCAUUCAUCGCACUGCAACGCCUACUGCUGAUCAAAAGGCCCAUGACCACCUAUCGAGACAUCUACACACCGAGGAAGAUUGCCUUGUGGCUGGCAGUGGCUUGGUUUAUCCCGCUGCUUGUCACCCUCAUCCCACCACUUGCAGACGUGGGUGCGGUAGGAUACAAUAAGAAAUACCAUCUCUGUGGAUUUUUGUCUGACCAUCCCCGCUCCAAUGACUACGAUUUCAUCAUAGCUAUUGGGUUAUACCCUCUCCCUCUCAUAACCAUCAUUGUCUGUUAUAUUCUCAUCUGGAAGCAUCUCCACGAUCACGCUAAGAAGGUGACUGCUCCUGAAUCCUCUGCCAAGCUGAUGACUGCCCACAUGACUGUGGUGUCAGAAUCAGUAGCUACCGUGAAUAGUAGCCAGGCAUCCACAUCUACACAAGGAACCCUCUGCAAAUCCCAGAUGAGUCGCCAUAUGACCGAGAUCACCAAGAACAUGUUCUAUAUCGUCUGUGCCUUCAUGUUUUCCCUGACUCCGUAUGCCAUCUGCCUGUUCUAUGACGACAGCGACCCGUUCCUACCCUACGCCUUGGCGAUCCUGCUCUUCAACAGUUGCGUCAAUCCACUCAUCUACGCCACCAAACACCGUGACUUUAAGACCGUCUUCCGUUGCAUCCUGCGCCGCAAGUGGGAGGACAUCCCAGAACCCUCGGAUUUCCUGAAGACGCUGAUAUCGGGUGAAGUGACAUUCUGUGGAGCAUUUGGGAUAUGA